CAAACAGUCUUCUUGGUGUUCUACUGCGGUUCAGACUUGAUAACAUCGGUGCCAUGGCUGACAUACAACAGAUGUUUCACUGUUUUAAAGUCCGAGAAGACCACAGAAACUAUCUGCGUUUCUUCUGGUACUUAGACAACAAUCCACAGAAGCAAUUGGUGGAAUACAGAAUGUGCGUUCAUGUGUUCGGCAACAGUCCAUCACCCGCAGUUGCAACAUAUGGACUUAGAAGGACUGCACAUAUUGCCGAAGAUAAAUACGGAGGUGACGUUCGCAGUUUCGUUGAACGCAAUUUCUAUGUUGAUGAUGGUUUGAUCUCGAUGUCAUCCCCAGAAGAAAUCGUCAGUUUGAUGGAAAGAACAAAGCAAGCGCUACUGGAAGAAGGAGGGCUUAGGCUUCACAAAUUUGUGUCUAACAGCAGUGAUGUUAUGAGCCACAUUCCCACUGAAGACUUAGCCAAAGACUUGAUGUCUUUAGAUCUCAUUAAAGAGAAUCUUCCUAUACAGCGAAGUUUAGGGUUAAGCUGGAAUCUCCGAACAGAUUCAUUCACCUUCAGACUUUCCUUAGAUGAGAAACCAUAUACACGCCGCGGAGUACUUUCCUGUUUAAACAGUUUCUACGACCCUAUAGGAUUUGUUGCCCCAGUUCUCGUUAGAGGUAAACUGCUGUUAAGAAAGUUCAUUGAGGAAUCUACUGACUGGGAUCAACAUUUACCUGAACAGUAUCAAGUGGAAUGGGACCAGUGGAAACAGCAGCUACCAUUUCUUGAAAACCUGGAAAUCCCUCGUCCUUAUCUCCCGGUAUCUCCUGAAAAGCUUUUCAAGAGAGAAGUCCACGUGUUUACAGAUGCGUCUGAAGAGGAAGUUGCAGCAGUUGCUUUCCUCAGAGCGGAGGACCAAGAUGGCAAUCUACAUUGCGGCUUCAUUAUGGGAAAAGGAAAAGUUGCACCUAAGAAAGCAGUCACCAUCCCUCGUUUAGAGUUAUGCGCUGCAGUGCUUGGAAUUGAGAUAUCCAAGAUCAUCAAAGAACAGCUGGAUAUUGAUCCCAAAGAAAUGCAUUUCCAUACUGACAGCAAAGUUGUUCUUGGUUAUAUCUACAACAGAUGCAGGAGAUUCUAUACCUAUGUUAGCAACCGAGUUGAAAAGAUACAUAACGUUUCUUCACCUGAACAAUGGAGCUAUGUUCCUUCAGAACACAACCCCGCAGAUCAAGCGACCAGACCAGUCUCAGUUGAAAGCAUGAAAAACAGUCUGUGGCUUUGUGGUCCAAAACAAUGGUUCCAUCAAUACCAAAACACAGUGAAGACAGCUGACGAAACAGUUCCACUAGAGCACGAACUCGUAGACUCGGAGAGUGACAAAGAGAUUCGACCAAUACUUACAGUGAAGAAGCUACACAUUGGAGAAUCAUCUCUAGGAACUGGAAAAUUCACUAAAUAUUCAACGUGGAAUGGUUUGGUAGCAGGAAUCGCACGCCUAAAACACAUAGCUAGGGCUUGGAGUGGAACAUCACAGUGCAGAGGUUGGCAUUCCUGCAAUAAGGCAAAGGAUGUCAAACUGUAUCUUGAGACAGAGAAACACAUCAUUAGAGAGGUCCAAAAUGAAGCAUUCCUAGAAGAAAUUAGAUGCAUUAGAGAAAACAAAGAUCUCAACAGAGGAAGCUCGCUCUUGAAAUUACACCCCUUCUUAGAUAGCGAUGGUAUCGUACGUGUUGGAGGCCGAUUGUCCAAGUCAGAUUUGAGCAACCAUGAAAGGAACCCCAUCAUUAUUCCUGGGAAACAUCAUAUUGCUACACUGUUGGUGCGCCAUUACCAUCAGCUCACGAAGCAUCAAGGACGCCACUUCACUGAAGGCUCGAUUAGAUCAGCCGGUUAUUGGAUAACCGGAGCCAAGCGAAUCGUAUCUUCAGUAAUAUACAAUUGUGUGACAUGCAGAAAGAUGAGAAGAAAACCUGAGCAUCAAAUAAUGGCGGACUUACCUCAAGAUCGGUUAUCUCCAGGACCUCCAUUCUCAAGCGUGGGAGUGGAUACCUUUGGACCCUGGGAAGUUGCUGCACGUCGUACCAGAGGAGGACUGGCUCACGCUAAACGUUGGGCAGUGAUGUUUUCUUGUCUUUCCUCAAGAGCUGUCCAUAUAGAAGUGGUCGAAGAGAUGAGUUCCUCGUCUUUCAUUAACGCUCUGAGAAGAUUCGUCGCUAUACGAGGCAGAGUACAGGAAUUUAGAUCGGAUCGUGGCACAAACUUUGUGGGUUCAGCCGAAAGUCUAGGAAUUCAUACCAUUAAUGUAGAAGAUGGACCCGUUGGACAGUUUCUGUUGGAUAACAGAGCUGUAUGGAUAUUUAAUCCUCCACACUCAUCCCACAUGGGCGGUGCAUGGGAGAGGAUGAUAGGCCUUACAAGACGAAUUCUAGACUCUUUAUUGAUUACUGGUACAGCAAAGAAGUUGACACACGAGACCCUCGUAACGUUCUUAGCUGAAGCUUGUGCCAUUAUUAACUCAAGACCAUUAGUACCAGUUCCAACCGAUCCAGAGUACCCAUUUAUUCUCACUCCAUAUACCCUUCUGACCCAGAAAACAGACAAAGGAGGAGAACCGCCUGGACCAUUUGAUGAGAAAGAUGCCUUCAAAGCUCAGUGGAAAAGAGUUCAACUACUUGCAGACCUCUUCUGGAAACGAUGGCGUAGGGAAUAUUUAGUCACCCUUCAAAGUCGACAAAAGUGGACACAGCACCAAAGAAACCUAUCCGUCGGUGAUGUCGUUUUAUUGAAGGACAGUUCAGCCCAUCGCUGUGACUGGAAGAUGGCAGUAGUGGAUCAAGUGUUUCCAAGCCUAUCGGACAAGAGAGUCCGUAAAGUACAACUUCGUGUGAACAAGAAUGGCGUUAACACAUUCUAUACGCGCCCGGUUACAGAGACUGUGCUCUUGAUGGCAAUUUGAAAAUUUGUAACAGUGCUUCAUGUUAUUCAGAACUGUUUGGUAUUUCAUUUGUUUGGAAUAUUUUGGUUAUUUUGUAAAUAUGUUGGAUAGUGAUAUCUAAAGAUAUCAGACGGGGAGUGUAUUGUUUACAAGAUUGUGUAUGAUUGUGUAUUUUGCUAAAGUUUAAUUAUUAUCUAAAAACAUUUAGAGUUAUCUUCCAUUGUCAUAUUGAUAUGUAUUUUCUGCAGUUAUCUUUCCUUUUUGAACCUAGAGUUAUCCUUUCAUUAUAUGAUUUAGAGUUACUUUUCCUAAUUGUUGACUUCCUGUUUGUUGUUUGUGUGACCCACACAAGGACACUUAGUUCACCCAACAUGUUUUUUGUAUUCCUAUGCUGCCACACACUUUUUUUACCGCAUACACAAUAAAUACGAAGCACUGGAUUGUUGUGUUGGUUAACUAUCUGUAGGCAAAGGCAGAAUACUCUAUGUG